AGUGGACGGAGGUUUUAUCCAUCUUCCGAUAUGGAGAAAUGUCUUUCAUUUUGCUGAAAAGAUGAGCGUGUUAGGAAAUAACCCUUUGGCGAGCGGAACAGCCGAGCGGCGACGGCCGCAGAGGAGAACCUGGAGAAAAAGUGAACAUUUUUCAUGCAGACUGUUCUUCUGGUCAUGUCUGUGCUGUACGGAGGACAAGCAAACGAAGAUUGAUGAGGGCAGUUCACACCUGGACGAGCGGGGAUCAGGUGAGAAGAAUGCGGUCCACCUCACGGUGGAGGAUCUGGGGAUAGAUAACACCAGCUUCAGCCUGGGGGAUGAAGACCCCCUGACCCGGAGGAACAGCGCGGCCCGCUCGUUCAGGUCCGCGUCAGCCUGCCCGAGGGCCCCGAAAAAGAAAGGACUUAACGCUCUGUCUUCACUUGUUAUACAACCCCGGGUUCAACGAGCAGCCGCCAUUAGCAACAAGCAGGCCGAGGAAGCAGAGGACGAAUUUCGGCCGGUGUCUGAAAAUGGCGCAGAAAAUGGCACAUCUGGUUCUGGAGGCCUCCUGACGACGCCCACAAUCAAUCUGAUCCCACCCACUCCCUCUAAUGUUGUUGAUGGUCGGUUCUUUGACAGCAAUUUAGAUGAAUGUGGGGCUCGCUCAUCUGCCAGUGAUGGAAGGCCUCCUGCCUCUGGCCAGGAGAGGAAUUGUAGUGCGGAAACGGAGGAAACAAAAAAAGGAUGUACUCCGGCUGAAGAGAGCACUGAGAAUGCUGAAAGCAAACCUAGCAGUGCUGGUGGUCUGAAUGAUGAGUUUGAUAGCCAAGGAGAGUCUGUUCCUCAUAGAAGGCUGGACGAAAAGAGAUCAGGAGCCGGACUCCUGCCAGGGGCCUACAAGGUGGCUCUUCUACCUGUGUUCCCAACGACACGGGGGAUCAACACGCGAAUAAACUUUUUAUCAUUUACCGAACAUAACUUGGAUGAGCUGAGCAACACAGAUAGAAUCUGUUUCAACAUGCUGAAGACAGAACUUGACCAACUUCCCAAUACAAAUGCAGCGCGGAUGGAUGCAAUCCCCUUCCGUAAGCGACCAUUAAUGCGUUCCUGCAGUCUUGGAGAAACAAAAGCUCAGACCUCUGCUUUCCAUACAUCAACGCAGACUGCAGAUCAAUGCAAGCAAAGAAAAGGAUCCCCUUGGCUACGGCGCAUAACCAUAGCUUCGUUUGAGCCUCAUUCAGUGGAUCAGAACGGAAACUUCGCUGAGAAGGAUUUACACAAGCAAGAGGCCAAAUCCCUCAGCGCGCUGAGCACAGAAGAAGUCUGCCAGUGGUUUACCAGCAUCGGACUGCAAAAAUGCGUCCGUUUAAUCCAAGAGGCUAAACUGUGUGGAUCAGACAUCGCCUCCGUGGAUGCCAACACUCUGGACAUCCUGCAUAUCAGCUCCUUAGAGGACCGGGAGCGAUUACUGUCGGCUAUUUACAAUGAGCUCCACCCUCCUAGCGCCAUCACCCAGACUCUUGACUCGUUGCUUGGGCCGAGUAAUGCAGAGCCAGUCACUGCAGCUUUGGCAUCCAUGAGCAGAUCCACGUCCUCUCCCCAUAUAAGCUGCUUGAGUAUGAAUCGGCGUUCUCUUAAGUCCAGGAGCGGCAGCCAAAGCUUCGUGACACCAAGGAGUUCUCAGAUGAUAGAGAUCACAAUUAACGCAUCAGAGCGGAUAGUUCACCUCAGAACUCCGAAGGAGACAUCAGUGGGAAAAAUCAUGGACUCGUGUUUGAAAAUGCUCGGACUGACUGACGAUAAGACCCUAUUCACACUAAAGGAGAAGCAAGAUUCCCUUGAUGAGCUGUCCCAGGAUCAGCAGAUAGGAGCCUUACUGAAAACCCCAGCAGAGAACAGACAGCUGGAGCUGCAUCUGUGCAAAACGGACAAACAGAAGAGUCCGGCAUCGCAGCCCAGUCCAGAAAUGAACGGUGACAUGAACAAAAAUGCCCAGGAGAGCCCGCCAGGUAAAGAGAAGAGGAUCCAGGAGCUGAACCAGCAGGUGGAGUCGCUGCAGAAUGCCAUCCUUCAGGUCCAGGAGCUUCAUCACGGCCUGGUAGCAUUUUGCUCUGAGCUGAAGAACAUGGACCCGGGUGCGAAUGUGGACCGGCUGGGUUCUGCUGAGCUGAAACGGAGGCUGGAGAUGGUUAACAGCCAACUGGAGGAGAAGAGGCAGAGGCUGCAGAUCCUCAGAGACGACAUUAACAAGUCAGCCACUCAUAAAAACAAGCAGCUGGAGGUUCGUCUGCUGGAAAAGAUGAAGCUAAACUGCCAAGUGUUCAAGGAGGAAAUAAUACCAUGUGCAUCUCAAUCGACAGGCUGCUCAUCUCCUAAACGCCUGGCAAGGAAGCUGCGUGAAGGCAGCCUGGGGUCACCUCAGAGAUCUUCUGACGCCUGCAAAGUGCUGGUGUGUUGA